GGUGUGGAGCUAUAUGAAUGUCGUGAGCGCGCGCCUGCAGCACGUCUUUGGUGAUUUUUUUCCUACACACUCUAGCUUCGGUGGUUUGCCAACGACAAAAGCCUGUGUGGCGCCGAGGCUGAUAUAACAGGGAUACAAUUUCGACUUCCUGUACCUCCUCCGGUGAGGACAUCAGCAACCAUGAGUGCCCCUCUGGAUCAGGACAUGCAUGUGAUGGCACAGGCUCGCCAGCCUAGUGUCGUCUCGGCGACUCAGAAGGAAGCUCUGUACGGCAUGAAGGAGUACGAUUCGCACUCGGCGUCCGAUGACGACCGCGUUACUCCAGAUGGCGAGGAGCCCACGAUGGCGGAGAUGAAGACGCUGCGCCGUGUCAGUGGCAGCAUUCCGUGGACGGCAUGGACAGUGACAUUCGUGGAAUUCUGCGAGCGUUUCUCGUACUAUGGUACCACGGCAGUCUUCGUCAACUUCAUUCAACAGCCACGUCCGUUCGGCUCGCGAACCGGAGCUGUCGUUGAGAGCCCGCUCUGCUACAAUGCGCCAGGCUGGAGUGUCGAUGCAUGCAAGCAAGCUGGUGGACUUGGACAAGAUCAGCGUGCUGCGACUGGUUUGACGACCUUCAACCAGUUCUGGGCCUACUUUAUGCCUCUCGUUGGUGGCUACAUUGCCGAUACCUAUCUCGGACGCUACAUGACCAUCCAGUGGUCCAUCCUCGCUGCAAUCAUCGGACACACCAUUCUCAUCGUCUCCUCGAUCCCAACUGUCAUGGACAACCCAAGUGGAGCUCUCGGUUGUUUUGCAAUCGGUCUGGUGAUCAUGGGAAUUGGAACAGGAGGUUUCAAGUCCAACAUCUCGCCUCUCUUGGCUGAGCAGAUUCCACAGACCCGACCAAUCGUCAAGACCAUCGAAAAGACUGGAGAACGCGUUGUUGUUGACCCCCAGGUCACUUACUCCCGCGUCUUCCUGUACUUCUACAUGAUGAUCAACGCUGGAUCCCUCGUUGGUGGUAUUGGAAUGGUCUACGCUGAGAAAUACGUCGGAUUCUGGCUUUCCUACGCACUGCCAACCUUCAUGUUCUUCUUCGCCCCGAUCGUUCUGAUCUUCUGCAAGAAACACUAUGUUCUGAGCCCACCUACCGAGUCUGUGCUGUCCAAGGCUUUCAAGGCUCUACGUCUCGCUAGCAAGGGCUGCUGGUCUGCCAACCCAGCUCAGACCUACCGCAACUUCCAAAAGGACGAUUUCUGGGAGAAGAUCAAGCCCAGCAAGCUCGGAGACAGCGCACCAGCUUUCCUUCAGGGUGUCGACGACGUCUGGAUUGACCAAGUCGCUCGUGGUUUCAACGCCUGCAAGGUCUUCUUCUGGUUGCCACUCUAUUGGCUCGCCUACAACCAAAUGGUGAAUAACCUGACCUCUCAAUCCGCAACUCUCCAGCUCAACGGCGUUCCAAACGAUUUGAUCAACAACCUGAACCCAUUGACUCUGGUCAUCUUCAUCCCAAUCAUCGACAACUUCGUCUACCCAGCUCUCCGCAAGGCAAACAUCCGCUUCACCCCGCUCAAGCGUAUCACAUGGGGUUUCUUCGUGGCCUCCGCCGCCAUGGUCAGCUCCGCCGUGCUCCAGUACUACAUCUACAAGCUCUCGCCUUGCCCAGAUAGCGAAGUCAACAGCAGCGCCGACUGCAAAGCCCCCAUCAACGUCUGGGUCCAGGCAGUACCAUACUGCUUGAUCGCCUUCUCCGAAGUCUUCGCCUCCAUCACCGGUCUCGAGUACGCCUUCAGCAAAGCCCCCGAGAACAUGCGAGGUCUCGUCAUGGGUGUCAAUCUCCUGCAAAACGCUUUCUCCGCUGCUCUUGGUCAGGCUUUGGUCGGUUUGGCGGAAGAUCCUCUGCUUAUCUGGAACUACACUGUCGUCGCUAUCCUUGCUUUUAUCGGUGGUGUGGGUUUCUGGUUCACAUGGCGUGAUCUGGACAAGAAGGAGGAUGAGCUCAACAUGAUCACUUCGACCAAGUACAAGGGUCGCGGUCAGACUGUAGAGGCUGAGAAUGCUGUUGAGCAGCAGACCGAUCAGAAGAUCUAGAUGAUCUUCUUGUUUGCAAGGACGUGAAAAGUUGAUACCCUAUCGUUGAUAAUGAGUUACGUAGUCAUGUCGAAAGAACAGCCUU